GUAGUAAACAUCGAGCGGGCUUUGAAAAUGAAGGGCUGUAGAUUCUUUUCCAACUUUCAUCAGUAUUUCUAAUGAAACUACUAGGGUUAGUUGUCGUUUUUUGUAUUGUGUAGGGUGCACGUGCUUUUUUUACGGGAACAGUGACAGUGACACGGUUUGGAUGUUUAUCCCACUGGAGUUAACAGCACUAUAUAAGGAUUGUCUACUAAUCUGUUUAUACAAUAUAUGAGGAUGAUAGCCAAGCUCGUCUUUCUUCUUGUCUGCUGCGCUCCAACGUGGGCACUAUGCCCGACGAAAUGUACUUGUUAUUUAGACCAUAAAGGCCGAAACGCCGUGGCGUGUAAAGAGGGCGGCGUGGUCGGACCCCUGAAUUUGAAUAACGUCAGUUUAGAUACGGAAGUUAUCAAAAUCACUGCACCGGAUGAUAAUAUGAAUGCUUUAACAAUGAGUCCCGUUUUCCAGAGUUACAAACAACUCGAAGAAAUUCAUAUCACUAAAUCUAAUAUACCCCAGUUGGGUAUGCAUUUUUUCUACGGUUUGAAUAAGUUGGAUGUUCUGAAUUUGUCUCAGAACAAUAUAACUCAACCGUUAGAUCACAACUUUAGGGGUUUGUCGCAUUUGAAAGAAUUGUAUUUAGACGACAAUAGAAUUAUAUCACUGCCUAGUGGAACUUUUCGAUUUUUACUCGGACUUAAGUUAUUGUCUAUUCAAAGAAAUAGGAUCGAGGAGCUCACACCGAGGAUUUUCUUAGAAAUUAGUAAGCUCAGGAUAUUGAAGCUUAGCGGAAACAACUUGAGGGAACUGCAUCCGGAAGUUUUCAAAGAUAUUCAGGAACUUACCUACCUGGAAUGUCGCAGCUGUGCCUUAACGAGAUUAAAUGACGAGGUUUAUCACCUUUUACCAGAUUUGAUUCAUUUAGAUUUGGGAAAUAAUGAAAUAAAAAAUAUAUCACAGAAGGAACUGAAGGACUUACAAAGCCUUAGACAUUUAAAACUAGAUGGGAAUCUAAUAUAUACCCUGGAUGAUAACGCAUUUGCUGCACAAGGUGCUUUAAAGAAGUUAAAUUUGGCCAAAAAUAAAAUUUAUAAAAUUUCUCAAAUGGCGUUUAGCGAAAAUCACAAUUUAACCGAAUUGGAUGUUAGUUAUAAUAGAAUUGAUGAUUUGGAGUUUCUAAAACCGUUGUAUGAUAAUUUGGAAAAGCUUAUUUUGAAUGGAAAUCACUUAAAAAUCGAAGCGUUGAACGAUUUGAUACUUUUAAAUGUUUUGAAAGAAUUAAGAAUAGCCGAUUGUGGUCUAGCCCAAUUAGAUAACGAAAUCAUACCUAAAACAGUUCAAAUUUUAGAUUUGAGCGAAAAUUAUCUAUCAAAUUUGAAUAAAAAUAUAUUUCCAGAUAACCUCACACUUUUAGAUAUUUCCGGUAAUAGAUUUAGUGGUUUAGAAGAAGAUUUGUUGUUAGUGCUAGAUCACGUACCGAAUUUAAAACUGAAUCAUAAUUUAUGGUCCUGUGAUUUGUGCCAUAUCGUCCCUUUGUUAGAUAGGAUAAACAAGAGUGUUGCUUUCCGCGAAGUUAUUUGUGCGGCGCCGUAUUCCGUGAAAGGAAAAACUUUGGAGAGACUCCAACGUAGCGAACUGACCUGGUGCAACUCACCGAGUUAUACCGCGAGUGACGCUAACUUUUUCUCGAUAGGAGAAGACGGAAAAGUAGGGAUUAUCGCCGCGAGCACUUCCAUUUUCCUUCUUUUCCUCACCGCCGUCGCUAUAAUCGGGGCGCUUUGUUACGCCAACCGGCAUGCGGCCAAAUACUAUACCCACGAGGAUAAGAUUACUACUAUUGAAGGCGAAUCGAUUUUCGGAAAUAAUCAAAGUCCUUUGUUUUCCGAUGGCGAGCUAAAUUUCAAGUUUCCUCUGGACUGCGAAGAGAAAAAAAUUUCCAUAGCUACUAUUGACGAGAUUAAAAAAGAACAUUCGAUCAUCAACGGUACUUGAGUCCUCGAUUUAUAGUCCAGGAAAGAGAAAUAUAUUUUUGUCCAUGAUGAACUAGAAUUAUCAGAGAAAAAAAUUCAUAAAUUAUCGUUCGAUAUAUUUCAAAAGAUAUUUUAAACAUAAGUCGAAUAUAUAAAAUGUUUAUUUUAUUAUUUGAAGGAUGAAAUUGCUUUGUGUUAAUAUAAUUACAGGUAGAAGUACGAAAAAUAUGUCAAAAUAAAUUCAUUAGUAUACAUUGUAUAUCACUGUACUUUUGAACUUUUGUCAUUUAUCUAGAGAAAAAGUUUCUACAUCAUUCCUCCUCUAUACAAAAAUUUCCGGCUUUUACCGUAACUUAUGCUUGGAUACUAUGGAAAAUCUUUGAAUGGUGUGCGAACACAGGAUUUAAGAAAACCCCAUAGAAAACAAUCUCGAAGAGAUAAAUCGGAAGAUUGGCCGGCCACUGCAACUCACUACCUCAAAUCGGUCGUUGCUGAUCCUGCGUUGUAUGCCGUUGGACUGAAACCAAUGAAAAAUAAUGUUACGAGCCUGCAAAGACAAAGUUCUCAAACAAAGCAGACGUUAUAUCAGUAAUUUCUUUCUUGUAUAUUGCUUGGAUAUUUUGAAAGAUCUUUGGAUGAUUCACAAACACCAUUCCAAAUAACCUCAUAAAAAAUCAUAAUGGUACUAAUCGGGAGAUUGGCCGUCCAGUGCAAAUCAUUUCCUAAAUCGUAUUUUUGAAACAUGUUUGAAUACGAACCUGCAAAGGUAAAUACCAAAUUGUCCAGGAUUGGUGUCAGCCCAACAGCGCCUAUUUUUUAACCAUUUAUACAAAUGGAAAUAAGCUCCAUCACAGAACGUCUCAUACACGUUCCUGAACAAACUUUAUGAAGGGAAAUAGAUAUUAAUGAAAAAUUCUCCUCGCAGAACCAUUGGAAAGUCACGGUGAUUGCAUUAUUAAAGCUCCCACUCCGAAUUUCAAUUUUACCGCGUUUUGAGUUUUUAUAAAUGUCCCAAAUAACAAUUGAUUUACGGUUCGUAAAAAGGGCAAAUGGUUCUAAAUUGAAGCGAUUUCGAAAGGCCCGUUGAAUUAGGAUCACAGAACAUCCACUUGAAUAGUCUAAUAUAAACAAAUCGUUACUUUUGUAUUAAUAUUGAACCUACAGUUAUUGUAAGUAAUUUUGGAAACAAUAAGAUCCGCUUGUAUAGGUGUUUGUAAACUUUGAGUUGUUCGGAGGAUUUGAGAGAAACUUCAAAAGUAGUUUACUAUCACAAAUCACCCAAAACCCGAAAAAAUCAAACCACGUCGCUUAUCUAUAUAUUAAUUAUAGAUGAUGUCCCGAAUAAGAGUCCAAAAUAUGAUAAUUGGAGGCAAUUAAGCUUUAUACCAAAUUGCAUGAGGAGCUAUACAAGUAGUGUAUCAAAUUUUGGGCUUUACAACUUCUCAGCGUCAUAUUUCGGGCUUCCUUAUACGUUUCUGAUCUGUGUCUGUCAUGUUUUGUUUAUAGCAACGACUGACAGCUUGAUAACGAUCUAUGAUGAAUACAGUGAUUUAUCAAAAUGAUUACAUUUAUUGUAGCUGGAUUUUCUCGAUUUUGAUAAUUUCAUAAUACCAAAUCCAGCAUAUUCAUUCAAGUGUCUUAUCCAUGUGAUUGCUGUCGGAUUAUUUGUAUUCAAAUAACAUUGGAAAUUAUACUCGAUAUUUGUUUUAUGGACAGAUAUGUUGAUUUAGUCAAAUGAUUUUUUUAUUAUGUAAUUUGAAACGCGUCAAUUAAUAGCGGACUUUGAAACACGGAACCCAACGAAAACUAUUUUCAUCCAUAGAUGCUAAUUACUAAUGUUCUUUUAUUUGUAAAAAUAUUUUAUCAGUUUCGAUAUAUUUUUUUUCAAAAAUAUUUGUAUUAAAUUAACUUAUAUAUUAUUUUUUGUACAAAAUAAUGAAAAACUGUUAAUAAAACUUUAGUUUUUCUUUAUUUAAUUGUAUUUAGAAAGCUUAUCUAUUAUAAAAGUCAAUUUAUGCCCACUCCAAACUCUCUCGAGGUGCCUCCUCCAGAAAAAAAUAUUCGUAACGGCGUAUUUCGCAUAAAGGGCGUUGAAAUAUUCCGAAAACAGUACACAGUAUCGAUUACCUUUUUGGUGCAAAAUUGAAUGAUGUUUAAGUUCAUUUAGAAUUUUACUUAAUAAAUCGAAUAUUGAAAAAGUUAUGUUCAAUACUACAUUUGAUGUAUCAACUUCCAAAACAUAAAUAUAAUCAAAAUCCUUUCUACCAUAUAGUGUGGUGGCAUCCAUUUACGAAUUUCCACCAUUCUUUUUUAUUUUUUGCUUUUCUUUUGCAUCAUUCCACGUCAGAUUUUUGUUUUUAAAGAUUUUUGCGUUUGUUUUGUCCCAGGUUGUCUGCCCCCACCAGCCUCUUUUUUAUGAAAUCCCAUACGGGUUCUACUUUUAACUCAGCUCUUACUGUCUGGUUUCUAAUACGAUCUUUCCUAGUUUCACUCGUCUUCAUCCCCUUCGCUUGUAUUUUACUAUUUUGUCUGUCAUUUAUGACCCAUGUCUCGCAUUCUUAUAUGAGUAUUGGUCGGUAUAUACACAUUUUUGUUGUCCUAGAUAUUUCCUUGCUGUUAAUAAAUUUGUUAUUCAACAUUUAACGACUUUAUCAAUUAGUGUAUUAAUUUCUAUAUCCUGCCUACCAGUAUUUUCGAUUAUAAACCCUAAAAUAAUAAUAAUGAUUCACUUGUUUUAUUUCCGACUUAUUUAUACAUAAGUUUAGUUCCUGGCGGUCUUCUGUAAUUGCCAUCACAUUUGAUUUUUUUUUCACGUUGAUCUCCAUUCCAUGAUUCUUCAGCGUAUCAUACCAUAAGUUAAUUUUGUAGGUUUUUUUUCUUAUAUUUGCCAUAUUGUGGUAUCCGACAUAUAAUUUUUCGGUGAAUUGGCUACAGUCUUGGAUGAUAUCGUCCAUAAAUAAAAUAAAUAGUGUUGGGCUUAGCCCACCUCCUUGCAUCAGACCGUCGUGUGUCAUAAAUGUAUCUGCUCUCGUUUUUUUAUUAAUAUUUCUAAUAAGUUUAUCGUUUCUAUAUAAACUUUCCCAUAUCUGCGUCCUAGGUACAUUGUCAAAUGCUUUUUUCAGGUCUAAAAAGGCAAGAUACGAAUUUUGUGUGUUAGCUGUUUUCUUCUCGAUUGUUUGUUUUAAAGUAAAAAUAUUGUCUUGGGUCCUUUCCGGAAUCCUAUUAUUGUUACAAUCCAUGUUAUCCCCUUUCUUAAAAAUUAGUAAUAUCACACCCAUUUCCCAAUCCUCCGGUAUUUUCCCAUAUUUUGUUGAAUAGUUUUCUAAUUGUUUCCUUUCCUUGUUGUCCUAUCUUUUCAAUCAUUUUAGACGUAAUUUUGUCAUGUCCUGAGGCUUUUCCGUUUGUCAAUAAUUCUCUUUCUUCUCGUAUAAAAUUUUAAUACAAUGUUGCCAGUAGUUGCGGCAAAAUCGUUAGAAAUGUGGAAUUUUUUUCAUCAACACCUUCAUUUUGAAUUACGAAUAUUUUUUAUCGAGCAUUAAUAGUUUAUUAUAUAAUUUACUUCAAUACAAACAUUUUUAAUUUCAUUAACGAGUUUUAUAUUUUAUAUAUGAAAAUUUAUCUAUUUUUAGUGCUGAAUGAAUGUAAAUUUUCCAAAUAUAAGUGUAUAGAUAUUGUUUAAAACUAAAUUUGUAUAUUAAAUUAAAUAUUUUUAAAGUGUAAUUAUCCACUUCCAUGUCUAUAUAUUCUCCUUUCAAAUGAUAUUAUUUUAUAUCGUGUCUCAAUUUAUUCAUCAAAUCCAUUUCAUUGCAUUCUGUUAAGUUGUUUAAAUCUCAGUUUCGAAUCGAUUAAUUUUUUUUUCUAAUAUAAAAUAUUCACAAUCACAGCAUGGAUUUAUAUUGUCAAUCAGUGUUAGUGUCAAAGAAAAUUUCAACAAUUGAGAAAUUGAGACCCGUAUCUUUUCAUAAAUUGUACAUGUACUUAAAUAUUUUACGUAAUAAUAAUAUAUAAUAAUUAUUGUGUGAUUAUUCUUAUAUAAUACUUUCACUAUAAUUUUAGCUUUACAAGUGUUUUUACAUCCAUUUUUUCAUGUAUUUUCCUGUGUAUGUACAUAUUAACUGUUUAAAUAAAAUUUAAUGUUUUUU